UGAAAAUUCCACGAUUCAUCUCUCCAACUGCAAAUAGACGAAUUAGCUCUCUCACUCUCGUAGUCGUAGUAGCAAUUAGCAAACCAAAAUCGAAUUCCCCCACCGCACUCAACUACUAAAUCAAAAUCAAUUCAAUUCUGUUCUGUUUUGUUCUAGCAGUUGAAUUUGAUGGAUGUUGAAGAUGAAUGGGAGCUUCUCCCCGACUCCGACGACGGCUACCUCGAGAUCAGUCACGACGCCGACAAGCAGAUUUACACCCGCAACCCUUCCGGCGCCGCGGUUCUCCACAUGAACUACUUCAUCUGCCCUCCGCCGCUUCAAUUUGUCGAAACUACUGCCAAUCAUCCCCUUCUCCACGAUCCUGAUCGCGAUCAGCCGAUUCAUAUCAGUAUCGAACCCGAUCAGGACCCGAUCUCGCAGGUUUUCUUCAAAAAAAUGAAGGAGCCUGAAUUUGUCGACAUGAAAGUGGAAUCGCCGAAGCCGAGCAGAUUCGAAGCGAAGGAAGAUCCUUGCAAAUUCGAUGCGGAAAUGGCGAUCCAGGAUGAGAAGGACGAAGGCGCCAACGCGUGGAAGCGGGGCUUGAGCGGGAUCGGGGCUAUCUGCUCGUUUGGAGUGGCGGCGGCAACUUUCUGCAUCAUCGUCUUCAGCAACAAACAUCCACACCGCAAUCACAAGCUCCAUUUCCGGAUUUACACAGACGACAAGAGAAGAAUGAAGGUGAAAGGGGCGAUUGCGGCGGUGAGUGGAGUUCCGAUAAGCAGAGCACGGAUCACUGUGGGUGGCUACUAUGAUGCAGCUAUUUGAUCAGGAAAGGGAAUCAAUCGAUGUUUGAUAAAUAAACGGUGCCCUGUUUGUUCAUCAUUAUCGUGUUAAAUUCGGUAUGUCAACUACUGUUUUUAAUUAUUUAUUAUUAUUGUGAUUGUACAAGAUAAUGGAGUAUUUAACAAUUUUAAUUUGCCGUAAUAUAAUGGAGUUAGAUACUAUUGCUAGGUAA